GUAGCACAAGACGAAGGGGAUGGGCCACGUGGUAGUCAAGCGAAGGUGGUAACUCAAGAGAAGCGUAAACCUAAUAGUGAUGGAGAAUAUCAUUCUAAAGAGUUGCAACGGAACUUACAUGUUGGGCAAUCGAAUUAUUCGUCUCUGAAUGUUGAAGAUGUUUAUGCAAUCGAUGGGGUACGAAAAAAGUAG